AUGCUUCGUUUGAGAGGAGCAGUCAGCCAAUCUUGGAGAGGGUUUAAAACUUUCUCUUGUGCUGCUGUAGAGGUGAAGAAUGAGCCCAUUUUAGGUUUCAACAAAGGCAGUCCUGAAAGAAAAGCUCUCCUACAGGCUUUAGAAAGAUUGAAAGGAAAAACUGAAGAGAUCCCGUGUGUCGUUGGAGACGAACAGGUUUGGACCAAAGAUGUCAGAUAUCAGUUAUCACCAUUCAACCAUUCACAUAAAGUUGCCAAGUUCUGUUAUGCUGACAAGGAGCUAAUAAAUAAAGCUAUUCUGGCUUCAGUGGCCGCAAGGAAAGAAUGGGACUUAAAGCCUGUCCAGGACCGAGCCCAGAUUCUCUUCAAGGCAGCAGACGUCAUCAGUGGGCCCAAAAGAGCAGAGGUGUUGGCCAAGACCAUGAUCGGACAGGGUAAAACAAUCAUUCAAGCAGAGAUAGAUGCUGCAGCAGAAUUGAUAGACUUUUUUCGAUUCAAUGCCAAACAUGCCAUUGAGUUAGAAGCACAGCAGCCUAUGGACGCUUCCGGAAGCACAAACACGAUGCUCUAUAGAGGACUGGAGGGAUUUGUUGCUGCUGUGGCACCUUUUAACUUCACUGCUAUUGGCGGGAAUCUUGCAGGAACUCCAGCUCUGAUGGGUAAUGUAGUUCUCUGGAAGCCCAGCGACACAGCGAUGUCUGCCAGCUUUGCCGUCUAUAACAUCCUGAGGGAGUGCGGACUGCCUCCAAACAUUGUCCAGUUCCUGCCCUCGGACGGACCAGUGUUUGGAGACUCUGUCACCGCAUCGGAGCAUCUCGCAGGCAUCAACUUCACAGGCAGCGUACCAACCUUCAAACGUCUUUGGAAACAGGUUGGCGAGAAUUUGGACAGAUAUAAGAACUUUCCUCGGAUCGCUGGAGAGUGCGGUGGGAAGAACUUUCACUUUGUGCAUAAGUCAGCGGACAUUCAGAGUGUGGUGAUGGGAACUAUCCGCUCUGCGUUUGAAUACGGAGGACAGAAGUGCUCUGCGUGUUCACGGAUGUACGUCCCAGACUCGCUGUGGCCAGAGAUCAAACAGGGGCUUCUCUCGGUUCACAAAGACAUCAAAGUGGGAGAUCCUAUUGAAGACAUGGACACCUUUUUCUCUGCUGUUAUUGAUGAUAAGUCGUUUGGUCGUAUUCAGAAAUGGCUUGACCACGCAAAGUCGUCUCCUGAUCUCACCAUUGUUGCUGGAGGAAACUGUGAUAACCAGAAAGGUUAUUUUGUGGAACCAAGCAUCAUCGAGACGAAGGACCCACAAGCAGAUAUCAUGAGAGAGGAAAUCUUUGGGCCUGUUUUAACAGUGUAUGUUUAUCCUGAGGACGACUAUAAAAAUGUCCUGAGUCUAAUAGACAGUACUUCUCCAUUCGCCCUCACAGGGGCAGUGUUUGCACAAGACAAGAAUGUAAUUGAUGAAGCUGCAAGAGCUUUGAGAAAUGCUGCUGGGAACUACUACGUUAAUGACAAAUCUACAGGAUCUGUUGUUGCUCAGCAGCCAUUUGGGGGCGCCAGAGCCUCAGGAACAAACGAUAAACCAGGAGGACCGCACUAUGUGCUGCGGUGGACGUCGCCGCAGGUGGUGAAGGAGACGCACGUCCCACUCACGGAAUGGAAGUCAUUUAAAAAUGUUUGCACUGAACCUGGAUGUUGGAUGUGUCUCCUGACUAAAUAUGACAUCACAAGUGUACAAUAA